UUCCGCGUCGCUCACCUUCUCCUCAGGCCUUCCGCGAUCAGGCGCCCGGCGCAUUGUAAAUAUUUGAACAUUGGCCGCCAUAAACGACGGCGCUGCACAUGCGGCUCGAUCAACCCUACCUCUUCCUGUGUGCGUACGGCUCGGUGCUAUGUACAUACGGAACACCUUAUCUCCUGGCCCUAUUAAACGAUCCGACCCACCUAUGCUGCUCCCCCAUGCCUUACACCUGCUCUCCGCUCUUCGUGCUUUUACUUACGACCUUCGGCCCUCGACGCGAACCAGGCGCGUCGCGGGUCGUAAUGACCCCAACCGCUGGCUCUCACGGCGAGGCUUAUCGUGCUUUACCGACACUUGUACUAUAACCCUGGACACGUCGCAUGCCCUUCCGCAAGCGCGGAGAUAUGUACAUACUGUAGACGUGCUGUAUAUCAAUGGAGAUACAUACAUAGUGAGCAGCCUGUAUUUGUAGUGUAGUCGUGUUGAAUUGUGGAGGAGAAUAAGACGAUGUACUUUUGAUUCCCUGUG